GGAAGAACUUAGCGCGCGAAACGCUUUGGAGCGGGUACCUGGUUGUGGGUCAUCGAAACAAGUGUCCAUGGAAAGCUUGCCUGAGACUAUAAAACCCUCUCGUUUGAAUGGUGGUCUGAUCACUAUUUCAGAUCAUACUUAAAAUGGCGCACUAUUCCAAUUCACCUGUUAUCCACAACGGACCUCCGACGCAUCCUGCUUUACAUGUCCGGGAUGCCAAAGAUGCGCACGUCGUCCUCGAGGCCGUGCGCCUCAAUAUGUUACCGUUGAUCAAGCGGCGACUUACUGCUUCAGAAAGAGAUCAGUUAUCCUCUGGGAACGUCUUCGUCUGGGAGGAGGCUGAGAACGAUGGAGGACUCCUACGCUGGACAGACGGACGUAGAUGGUCGCAAAGUCGGAUGCGUGGUGACUACUUAUUCUACGAGGAGAAGAUGGAGACAACUCAGGAAGAGAAAGAUGCUAAAGCUGCUUUAAGGGCGCUUCGUACUGCGGAUCCACUCGCCGUGGCUCCUCCAACAAACAGACGAAAAGAUCGUCCCAAUCGUCCAAACGGUCUGACAAAACAAACUUACUCCGCAUUAGUCUACCUUCCGGGCUCAAGUCUCCCGCGUAAAUGGCAUGUCGUCGCAUACUUCACAGGGGAUGACUAUGCUCAACUUCCUGUCAUCGAGAGUUACGAUUACCUUCGAAAUUUGAAAGUUCUGGGUGGCGUCUUCGUCUCUAGCAAAGCCAACGGAUCUCGCACCGAUCGUUUCUCUUAUACAAGUGAUGGAAUGGAGCCAUACAAUUCGGCAGGUCAUUUACAUGGCCACACAAGUCAGCAUUCUAUGCUGCAAGGAAUUCCCCGAUCCCCAAUGUCUUCCUCCUCCUCGUCAUCAUCAAUGCCUUUAUCUCCUACCAAGCAUCAUUCAAGACCUCUGCCAUCACCAGGCGCUGCCAUAGGGCCUGGGCGUGCAGAGACGUCCCUGCCUAGCAUUUCGAUUCUAACUGGUCUACGUGAUACUCCAGAAUUUCGACAACAUCAUCCUUCACAAUCUGUACAACUCGGACGUCCCUCCACAACGACUUAUACCCCCUUAUCCGCGGAAGACAGACGAGUACUUAAUAAGUUCAAAGUCGUAUUAUAGUCCUUCCCCCCCUUCUCGUCCCGAACAGUUUUUUUUGCCUCAGACAUUAUAGAUAUCCUGCAUUCAUUUUUGUCCCUUGGUAACCUUACUCACUUAUCUCUUGUUGUAUCCAUACUCUUCCCGACCGUACCAACGGCCGGCGUGACAAGGCAUUGUAAAGAACAC